GCUCUCUCUCUCUCUCUCUGUAGUUACCGUUUUAUGGACAUGUUCCCAGAUGCCAACCUCAUCCGAGACAUACAGAAAGAGCUGGAUAGCAUCAUUCAGCUUGGUGUGCACAACAUCACCCAUCUUAUCCGAGCCUCUGAAACGAGCACCGCCUCUGAGACUACUUCUGAGCUGGACGAUGACAUCCUUGUGUUGAAGACUUUUGUUAAGGAUAAGGUAUUCCAGUCAGAAAGGCUAUCCCAGGGCAAAACAAAUCUCUUGAGUCAGAAACAAGGACAGAGGAGAGUUCGUGGUUCCAAGGCCCUGGGUUUCAGGCCCACUGCUGGCAACUCAGAGAACAAUGAUGGCUCACUGAGCUCACGCCUAGUGCAGCAAGGGCUGCUCACUGCGAACCUGUUGGAGCAGCUGCAGAAGGAGUGGUCAGCUGCUCAGGAGGAACCCUCAGGGAAUAAUCAGACAGUUAAGGUGAAAGGGAAGAAGAAAAAGAAAUAACCGAUCACUGCAGUUCAGAGAUUUUAUAGUCCAUUUAAUACUGUCCGCAAGAAGAAUUAUUUUUAUAGCAAUCAUGGGUAAAGCUUUUCAUACUCAGUGUUGGUAAGACAAACUAAUAAACCUCACUGAUCAGCUUUACUUGUUUUUUUAAUGCUUAAUUUCAGUGAGCACUUAGAGGCAUUUUAAUUCACUAUAGAAGAACUUGACUUUUCCUGGUUAAUUAUUUUCCACCCUGGCUUUUUCAGCUGUCAUCACACAGUGCAGAAGCUGCUCCCGUUAGGGUUGC